AUGCCUGCCCAACUAUCAACAAUCCUUAUAUUUCAGAAUAUAGGGAGAAAACAUCAGUGUUUUAUCCUCUUAACAAAGAAAAACAAACCAUGCUAUGUACCAAAAUUGGAAGAGGGACAAGUCUUAUCUAUUGCAAAUUCAAAAUUUGCAAUUGGACCUGUCGAUAAUCAAAUUGAUUUAAUCUUAACCACUGCUACUAUUUUACCUAUAAAUGUUGUAGGCACAGCUUCGGUAUCAGAUUUAGUACUUACUACGAAUCUUGGUAUACAAUUUGAAUGUGCUUUAACAUCAACUGAGGAAAGUUUUAUCCAGAACUAUAUAAUCUUAAUUUUAUUCGUAUUCAACAAUCAAAUUUUAUAUCAAUCUACCAGGAAAAUGCCCUGGUCUUCUACAUCAUCAUCAUCAUCACCACAUAUGAUAGCCACGAGAUCUGCAAUCCAUAAAAAAAUUGAACAAUCCGCACCUAUAUCCACACUCAUAGUGACAGAAGAAAUUCAAGAGCGGGAAGAACAGGAAGAAUCUGCAUCUAUACUUAUUACACCUGCAACUACACCUGCAACUACACCUCCAUCAAAAAAACGCGUAGGCCAUGCAAAAGUUUAA